AUGAAGCGUAACGUGCCGGUGAUGCUGCUGUCCCUGGCGCUCUUGGUGGUGCUGCAGACACCCACCGCGCAGGGUGACCGGUUGCAACCGAAAGGCUAUCGAGACACGGUCGCAAAGCUCCAAAAGUUUUACGUUCAGUUUGAGGACAAAGUUUCGCGGGAAUUCCGUCGCUGGAAGGAGGAAGGCACCAUGUCGCAGCACUUCCGACAGCUGAUCCAAGCGUCUGCUAUUAACAAGAAUGAACGGGCUCAGGAAAUUCGCGAACUACCAACGGCUCGCGAAGGUCCACUGUGUACGAUCUGCCGUGGAUUUGGUGGAUCGGUGCUAGAGUUCCGUCGGGAAGGUGCCUCGCGUGAGGAAGUGUACAACACAACGGUGGAACUUUGCACCAUGCUCAAUCUGCAGGAGGAAUCCAUCUGCCGUGGACUUAUCGAGCUAAACAUUGACACGAUCCUGUACAUUGUGGAUAAUCGGCCGGAUCUAACGUCAGCUUCGUUGUGCGCGGUUGUCUUCCAAUCCGGGGCAUGCGUGCUGGACGAUCCUACCUUUACCGAGUGGGAGGUGGAUGUCGAUCCGAAUGGGACUCCCGUGACCGCUUCCAAGACUGGCACUCCCCAACGUGGUCCAAAUGAUUUGAAGAUCGUCCAGAUCACUGACCUUCACUUCGACCCGAACUAUCGGCCAGGAUAUAAUGCGGUAUGCGGUGCACCUGCCUGCUGCCGUGAGUCCCAGGGCGUACCGGAAGAUGUUGAAGCAGGCGCUGGACAUUGGGGUGAUUAUCGUAACUGCGACACACCGUGGAAUGCGGUCGAAGAUUUGAUUGAUCGCGUAGCGGAAGAACAUUCCGAUGCGGACUUUGUCUAUCACACUGGUGACAUUAUCGAUCACGGUAUCUGGGAAACCUCGAUCGGAUACAAUGUACGCUCGAUUAAUCGAGUCAUUAACAAGCUGCGGGACACGUUCCCUGAGACGCCGGUGUACAACAUUCUCGGCAACCACGAGGCACAUCCGACGAAUGUGUACGAGCUCGGCGAGGUAAGCCGACCGGAUUUUUCUACCAACUGGCUGUACCAUUUGUCGGCCGAUCUUUGGAGCCACUGGUUGCCACGUGCCGCGGAGCAAACGAUCCGUCUUGGUGGAUAUUAUACCGCCCUUGUACGUCCCGGAUUCCGACUGAUCGCACUCAACAAUAACGAUUGCUAUACCUUUAACUGGUGGAUCCUUUACCAACCGGACGCACUCAAGGGACAGCUCCAGUGGUUGCACGAUGUGCUGCUGCAGGCAGAACGGGCAGGUGAAAAGGUACACAUCCUAGCCCAUCUUCCCAUCUCGUCCGAUUGUUUCAGUGUGUGGCAGCGUGAGUAUCGACGAAUUUUGGAACGCUUCCGUGAUACGAUUAGCGCUCAGUUCCAUGGACAUACACACAAGGACGAGUUUAAUGUGUUUUAUGCGAGCGAAAACCCUGAAUAUGCGGUCGGUGUGGCAUGGAACGGAGGUAGCGGUACGUCGCACACGAACGUUAACCCUAACUACGUUGUGUAUUACGUCAAUCCGGAGACUUAUGAGGUGACCGACUUUGAAUCGUACGCGUACAAUCUUACGUCCGCAAACUUGACACCGGACGAGCGUCCCGAUUGGUUCCGCAUGUACUCGUUCCAGGAGGAGUACGGACUAUCCGAUCUCAGUCCAGCCGGUGUUGAUGAGCUGAUUCAACGGUUGGGAACACCCGCCGGACGGGACGAACUGCGCCGCUAUUGGGAAUAUAAGGUGAAGCUGGCGGAUGCAUCGCUUGCCAACGAUUGUACGGAGGAUUGUCUGCUCAAUCAUCUGUGUGAGAUCGUCACAAAUCAGGCGGAUGACUUGCGGAAGUGUCAGGAACUAACAGAAACCUUUUUCGACUAGGA